AUGGUUGCCGGUAUGGUAAUAACGGUAUACGAAUCUCAAGCGGUUAUUAAUUCGUCCGACCGUCAACCAGAUAUUAAUUUAGAUUUAAUAGAAGAACCUCCCGAAGGUUAUUAUGCUUUCGUCGAAUCUCCUAGCGCAGAACCACCCAAAGUUCGACGACCCCCUUAUGUUCAAUCUGAUAUGGAAUGUCCAGGUUUGAAAAAAAACAAAGGAAAAAUUAAUCCCCACAUAUACAAAACGUUGAGUUUGUGCGGAGAUUUGAACAAGGGUUACAUUCCGAAAAAUCCAAUGCAACAAAAUGUUUUAGGAAGUUCUUAUCCUUUCGAAUUAAUAAAAAAUAAAACUCUUCAGUUUUUUAGUAAAGUUCUACCGAUAUUAAAAGCAGAUGAAACUUUACCAAAAGUUGCUAAAUAUCAACAAUUUGAAGGUUCAGUUAAUAAAAUAUCGAAAAGUUUAAGAUUGAAAAGAAGUUUGUCGGAAUUUGACAAUUCGAGUUCUUUUGUUGCGAAUUUAACCGAUGCCAUUACGAGAGAAAAUAAAAGCAUGAAAAGAUCCGGAAGAAAAUUUUGUGAUAAUAAUGAUGGAGUGUUGUGCAUGUUGUAUAAAGCGCUACAGGGUGAAACGGGUCUCGUACCUCAAACAUUUUACGAUAGAAAAGACGAUCAACCGAAUAAUGAAACUCCAGAAUUUAGAAGGGGAGAAACGACAUUACCGGCCUCGCCAAAAGAAAAAUCUUUACCGCCAACGCCAUGUCCGGCAAAAGUUGAAUAUGCCACUCCCGUAUUUGCAAGAAACUACCAAGGGGUAUGGAGAUACGUCGUGCAAAUCCCUUACGAAGGAUAUUUCACUCAAACGAUAGAAGUCACGAGAUGCGUAAACACGCGUUGUCAUUAUUUAGAAGGAGGUUGCAUGUCUUCCCCUAGAUGGACAAGCAUACUCGUUGCCGAAAUUUAUUAUCCGGAUACGUAUUUACCAUCGAAAUCAGGUUUAUCGCAAUCUUCGCAAUCAUCAUCAUCAUCUUGGUCGGGAUAUCGUAAUCCGGUAUCGUCAGAUAAUCCACCACCCGUACAAGAUUUUCAAAAUUAUCAACAAUACCUUCAAAAAAGAGCAGGUUUAAGUCUCGCACCGGAUAACAGUUUAAACGAAUCGAAAAAAUCAAUGCAUUGCGAUGGAAUCGACGAAAUCGGAUGUUUUCAGGUUCGAUUAUAUUACGAUUGGUUUCUCGUACCCGGAAGUUGUAAAUGUUGGAAACCGGAUUAUUUUUCUAAAUACAUGAGAAGAAAACCGGAAAUGUAA